AUGAACCCCAACGACAAAUACACAGACGACACGCUCAACGAGCUGCACUUUUCGCAGACGGUGGGCUCGCCCGAGUACGGCUCGCUGCUAUCGCGCCAAGUGCUGCAGGGCGGAAUCAACUACGACGACCUGGAACAGAUGGGAACAGUGCCGGACGACCUACUGGACCUAGACGACAUGUCGCCGGAGUCGUCCAACCGCGGCCAGUACAUUCCGCAGACCGGUAACAGCUCCAACAACAUGUAUCCGCCAGAGACACAGCUGCAAUACGGCAUCACGCCGCCCAUUCCCGAGUCCUCCAGCCCGUUUGACGAGUAUAUGAUUGGACGCUAUGUCAACAACAUGGACGGUAUCCAGCUGCCUUCCCAGAUGAGGCCAAAUACCAAUUCCAACACAGGCAGCAAUACCAGCAACAACAACAAUCUGAAUGUGAACAACAACAACAACAACAAUCUCAAUGUCAACAACAACAACAACAACAACAAUAACAGCAACGAUGUCAGUAUGGGCAACAGCAACAACAACACUAAUUUGACCGACAGUCCACAGCUUAACGCGUCGUAUUACCCCACUUCCGCGUCCCACUCCCGCAACUCGUCCGCGGGAAUCUCCAAUAUGGGCAUGGUCCCCGUGCAACAGCAGCAGAUGGGCUCGUCGCUGUCCCCCGACACUACGCCCUACGGCUCGCCCACCAACAUCCCCGUACCCACGUCCUCGGGAGCGUCACGUCGCCAGGUCAAUUUUGCCGACCAGUUUGGCUCGCCGUCGUCGUACGGUUCGUCGCUCGAGCACCGCGCGCUCUCUCCUUACGCGCGCUCGCCGCUGUCCAAGGGCGUCAUUUCGAGGUCGCUGGACGAGAAGCAGCAGCAGUUGCUUGCGGCGGCAGAGCGCAAGCGUAAGCGGCGCGAGUCCCAUAACGCCGUCGAGCGCCGACGACGCGACAACAUCAACGACCGCAUCCAGGAGCUGUCGACACUCAUUCCCGAAAACUUUCUCAACGAGCCAAUAAUCGGCGGGUCUCCGUCGCUGGGUCCUAUGGGCUCGCCACCGCCGUCGCAGACCCCUGGGACCAAAGAUGGACGUCCUAAUAAGGGCACCAUUCUGAUCAAGAGUGUUGAGUACAUCAAGAAGCUGCAGACGGUCAUCGACGAGCAGAAUCAGCGGGAAAUCGACAUGUAUGAGCGGCUCAACAUUCUGGAGCGGCAGCUAGGCAUUCCCGAGACCAAGCUGGAGACGUCGUCGGCAGAGCUGGCUCUGGCCAGAUUGGGGAUUAAGGAUGACCUAUCGCCGGACCAGGUGGUGGUCAAGCAGGAGGAAGAGUAUUAG